CUUCUUGUUCUGGCGAGAGAGAGGAAACAAAACAGAAUGAACGAACAUCAAUCUCUCUGAUUGGUUAGUUGGCUGUGACUUUUCUCUGCGAGGGAGGUAGGAAAUUAGAAAAUCGUGCGGUACUACUACCAUUUUCGGACUUUGAAGCCAGAACAAAGGAUUAAGAAAAAGAAAGAAAGACAAGUAGGAGGAGGACGCCUCCACUUAUCAAUUCCCUUCUACGCUUUCAUUCAUAGGAGGGGUUUGACGAAGAGGGUUUUCAUUCUUUGAGCAGAUAUAUACAGAGAGCCUUCUUUGUUCUCUCUUUUUUUGGGUCUGAACAAGGCUUGUUUUUUAUUUUCUUCUUCUUCUCGAUUUUUUUUUUUGCUAUCUGGGACGAGAUGAUACGGUGGUGGAUACUUAUGCUUCAAUUAACGGAGCUUUUCGUGAGCUCGGUGGUGCAUUUGCUUUAUGGGUUUUACAUUUUCAGCAGUGCUGUUGCUGGUGAUCUUGCUCAGGCAUGGAGUGAAGGGUUUUUCAAGCCUGUGGUCAAGGAAGAGGUGACCAGAGGCACAACAACCAAUGCUGAUGAUCUCCCUCCUAUCGUCCUCGUCCAUGGAAUCUUUGGAUUCGGCAAAGGGAGAUUGGGAGGUUUAUCUUAUUUCGCUGGGGCAGAGAAGAAAGAUGAGAGAGUUCUUGUGCCAGAUUUAGGGUCUUUAACCAGCAUAUAUGAUAGGGCUCGCGAGCUGUUCUAUUAUUUGAAAGGUGGGCACGUUGAUUAUGGUGAAGAACACAGCAAGGGUUGUGGCCACUCCCAAUUUGGGCGCAUUUAUGAACAAGGGCAUUACCCUGAAUGGGAUGAGGAUCACCCGCUUCACUUUGUUGGACAUUCUGCCGGAGCACAGGUUGUUCGCGUGCUGCAGCAAAUGCUUGCGGAUAAGGCAUUCAAGCAUUAUGAGAGCACUUCUGAGAACUGGAUUUUAAGCAUAACAUCCUUGUCUGGAGCAUUUAACGGGACCACAAGAACUUACUUAGAUGGAAUGCGGCCAGAAGAUGGGAAAACCUUGAAACCCAUAUGUCUUCUUCAGCUAUGCCGUGUAGGAGUGAUAAUUUAUGAUUGGCUUGACAUCCCCUGGCUGAAGGCUUAUUACAAUUUUGGAUUUGAUCACUUCAACAUGUCAUGUAAGAAAAUGGGUGUUUGGGGUCUUGUUGAUUGCCUCCUUGGUAAUGCUGGCCCAUUUGCUUCGGGAGAUUGGAUCCUCCCUGAUCUUACAAUUCAAGGGUCUAUGCAGCUCAAUUGCCAUAUACAAACGUUUCCGAAUACAUACUAUUUCAGCUAUGCCACCAAGCGUACUAGAAAGAUCAUGGGCAUUACAGUUCCUUCAAGCAUACUUGGAAUCCACCCUCUGUUAUUUAUCAGAGUAUUGCAGAUGAGUCAAUGGUGUCAUCCUCCGGACAUUCCUCCACUGUAUAAAGGCUAUAGGGAUGAGGAUUGGGAGGACAAUGAUGGAGCAUUGAAUACUAUAUCGAUGACGCACCCUCAACUUCCAAUUGAACAUCCAAACCGUUUCAUUCAAAAUGAUUCCGAGUGCCAACCCUUGCAACCGGGCAUCUGGUACUAUAAGCUUGUGGAAGCCGAUCAUAUAUUGUUCAUUGUGAAUCGGGAGAGAGCAGGAGUUCAAUUUGAUUUGAUAUAUGACAGCAUUUUUGAACGUUGUAGGAAACAUGUAUUUAGGAAAAGUCCACAGACUUUACCAAACGAAGCACACCAUUAGUCUUAGUUCUGUGUCUCCUCUCUCAUUCACCAACUAGAAGAGGGAGCUGGAAAACAAAUUUAUGCCAUGCCAUGCCAUUUUUGGUGCUGUUGUAAAUGGUUAAUUUUCUUAAGUUGCACCCCUUUUGUAUUCAACAGGUAGCAGGUUCUCUAGUUUCCUAGAUUGUAGCUAUUUUAGUCGGCUUGACGUAUAAUGGAGAUAGGCAUGAUAUAUGAUUCCAUCCUUACAUUUUUGAUGCCAUGCCAUGCCAUUUUUGAUGUUCUAGCUUUUGCUUCCAUCCUUCCUGUACAAGAUGAAGACUAUGGACUAGUUAUUUGGAGGAGAAUGGUGUAUGCAUAUAUAUAGCUGUUUACGUGGGUUGGGCUUCUCACAGAAAUUUGAAAGCCACCGAGUCUCAUGUAUAUGUUGCUUGAUUGCUUGCUUCAUCCCUUAUGCCUCUUAUUAUUUGGAUUCAUUCUGUGCAAUGCCAUUACAAGG